UAGCCUGCAGAGGUGGACAUAGGUGGAGAAACUUCGCCAAGCCUAUAAAAUGCGCUGCAUACAGGAUUUAUUCUAACAGUCAUUUGAAACAGUAGCCUGUCAAAGUGUCGAAGAUGCGAAUAGGAACGCGGCUGGUGGUUCUGUUCUGUUUUACCGCAUUGGUGACAGUGUCCGCUGCUCCCAGCACACCAAUAGCGCCGAACUGCUCUGCGUACUUCCUCCCGAUGUGCACUCGAGAUUUUUCACCGGUCUGUGGAAAUGACGGCGUCACCUACAGCAACGACUGCAUGCUCUGCCUUUGGAAUAAGGAAAACCAGGCCAAUAUUGCUAUCGCCUGGAAAGGAGAGUGCGAAUAGCAUGUAUGACGAAGACAACGACACGUCUGUGUGAGCGCUCCUGCGCAUGUUUUUAUUUUGAAUAUUUUAUUUUCAGAUUUUAUUUUCUCAGCUUUAAUUUUGAACUGGAUUUUAAUGUGAGCGAAUUCAGCAUUUGUGUAAAAACCAUGGCACGUUCAUAGUCACUGUUCUUUGAAUAAAUUACUAUGCAUGAAUUUAA